AUGGUCGAUCAAGUUCAUACGGAUCGAACUUUUCGCUAUUGGUGUGGAGGUAACUAUGAACUGAUACACGCGAGGCUAUAUAAACUUUUCGUUUUAUCCAACAAACGUCUUUCUGGUCAAUCUUCAGCCAAUUUUAGCAAUAAACUAAUUCUUCCACGAAACGUCAAAAAUAGCUCACACAAACAAUAUCCCACAUGGGAAGAAACCGAAUUUAAUGACUUGAAUCUUGUUGAUUAUUAUUUGCUGUCACUAGAAGGUGGAGAGACUAAAUCUUCGUCUCAUCAGAAAGAAAACGCAUCCGCCGAUGUUGAUUUCAGAAAGUUUAAGGAGGAGUUAGUCUCAGACUUAAAGAGUUUCAACUUCCACAAGCCCCGCACAGUGCCAAAAAGAAACCAUUUGAUAACCAGGGAUGAGCUCUUGGAAUACAUAACGAAGAGGUUCAAGGACAUGGAGCACAGCGUGGACAAGAUCGAUGAAUACAGUACGAUUUGCAACGUGAAUCAGUUUCUUUGCUGCCAUCUUUUGAAAGAAGGACUCGACUUCUAUUCAACAAAUAAAUCACAACCAGAAACCGAGUUUAAAAUAAUCGAGAAUAUGCUGUUCAGACAAACAAUGUUUCAGCUGAAGACGAUCCUACUGCUCAUAUCGUUCGUGAAAAUAUUUGAGUUCAUGACAACAGACUUUCAUCAGCGCUGCAAAGUGUUCCCGGAGGCAGAAGAAGUGCUGAAGCACUUGUCAGAAAAACAGUUGGUGAGGAACCUGUUCAUUGCACUUCUGUCGUCAAUGAACGAGUGCUACAGCCGCCACAAGGCACAAGCCGAACACUCACAAAGGACACAACAAAACCAAUCGGCAGAAAAUAUGGAUAAUAGAUACUCAGCAGAUUUCGAUCCCAACUUGCUGUUCAGGCACAGUACACACUACCUAAACACGCUCCUGGAUGUGAUCACCACGUACUUCAUUACGUUUAAUCCGAAGGAGGAGGAGAUUAAGUGCCUGAUGGUAUUCCUGCCUCACGUGUACGACGUCAAUAAGAUGUACAACCUGCCUGAGAUGUCGUUUUACCUGAAGUUCCUGUUUGAAGAUUACUCCUGGGAUAGCCUCAGCGGCUUCUAUCCAAUCUCGAGGAGCGAUCUCUUCUUUUGUUUGACGACGAAAGAGUUUGAUUCAUCAUGUAAAACGAAUCUCACGCUGAAACUGAGCAUUUUGCUGAUGGUAAUGCUGAACCCGAACAUAUACAGAUACGACGGGGAUUUCAAACUCUUUAGGAUCGAUGGAAGCAUCCUUAAGCUCUUUAAGGACCACUCUGAAAGCCUGUUUUACAGAGGACUGAUUGACGAAGCCUCGAGUUCGACGAUGAAUAUGGACGACCUGAUCCUAAGGAUGGACGGGGAGGACCUAACUCUGAGGAUGAACGUGGAUGAUGAGCCAGGACAGAGUUCGCUGGCAAACGCAGAGAAGUUGAAAGAGCUGAAGACAACCAGAGAAAAAUACGCGGAUGUGGAGUUGAUGUUGGAUUUUGUGAUUUACGGAGCAUACAUGGACGACGCGAACAAGAAGUUGGAGUGUUUCAGCAAUAACGUACUGGAAAAGUUCCUGAGUUACUGCAACAGCUUCACAGACAACACGGCGAAUUUUGACACGGCCUACUAUCAAGUAUAUAUCAACAUGCUCAAAAUCGUUUUCACACCUCUAUUUUUCGAAAAGAAUCUCAUGAGUGAGACGUGGUACAACCUUCUGCAGUACGAGGCUUCGUGCAAAGUAAAGCUGGAGAGUCUGAUGAGAAUGCCGGUCACCGACAAAAUUAACACGGCUGUGUUCCGAGUGCCAGGGAUUACCCUGAUCCAGGUGCUCAACCUUUUCAUUAAGGUGUACGAUACCGAGAGCCCGGAACUGAUGUUCAGGAUGUUACAAUCUAUCGCCGAGUCGUACAACUCAAUAAUGCCCGAAAGGAGCUCAGUGCUGUAUGCAGUGCACCUGAAGAGGUACAAUGAGCGCUACUACAGGCACCACCCUGAGCCUGCAGGAGAGGGCGUCGUCGAAGAAGAGUCAGGAGUGCCCGGCACGAAAGCACGCCCAAGCGCCUCGAUGGAAGAGGCCGAGGGCGACAGCAUUAACCUGAACAGUUCUAACCCUGACCACAUGCUCGCAUUCCCGAACGCGGGGUUCAGCUGGCACGAACGCAACAGGGCACUGCUGGACCUGGUGAACCUGUGCUGCGAGAAGAACAUGACGUUCGUGGAGGCGUAUCCGAGACUGGUGGUCGAGCUCCUGAGGUUCACACUGCACCUGACGAAGUUCACAGCCAUCGAUGACAAAAUACCACCGUUCCUCAACUCGGUCGCCUGCAGGGACCUGCACUUCCCAAGUUUGUUCAACAGGGUAGUUUCGCAGCUCAAGAGCCUGGUGAGAGGUGACCUGGACAGGCUGCCCAACCUAGUCUACGACGAACUGGUGGCACGAGACGGUCUGAUCGAGUCGGAGCGAGCUGUUAGAGAGUCGGUACGGAUGCACAUGGAAAAGGAGGAAGCCGCGCAGAACCCGCUGGGAGUGGAGGACCCGAGUUUGUACAUCAGGGAGCGCUUUAAAACCUCGCAACCCGUGCCAGGGCGGCUCUACGGGUUUUCGAGACUCUACGAAAAGGAUUCCGACCCGAGCGCAAUAAAAGAGGAUUACCUGAAGGACGUGAGUAGCUAUCGCAUUAACGCAAACUCAGAGGAAGAGCUGCCGAAAAGUAAGCUGAAGCCGUUCCAGAUGGUUCGAACGAAGCCGUACACGUUUCCGCACGUGAGUGGCCCCUCGGACGUGAGAAGGGCGCUGAGCAACCUGGGCCUGGGGACAGCGCUCCCGUUUAACCUGGUUGAAGUGGCGUCCCUGUUAUUUAAGCUGAUAAGGAGACUGGACCCGCUACUACCUAUCUCUGUAUACGGAAUGCGGGAGAAGAAAGUGAGCAAAGGGACUGGAGCCUCCGGAUCGGAGGAGAGUCCUCAAAUAAGGAGCAGACUGGCAGUUGAAACGGGAAACUACAGUUACCUGGACGUUGUCUUCACAAUCCUGUCAAGUAACUUUUACCCUGGCACGGACCUGGUCAUCGGAGACAUGCUACUUAGCAUAGCCUCAGUGCACGUCGGAGACCACAAGCUCUGCAAAAUGGCGCUCUCCAAGUUCAGGAUCCUUCUCAACAGCGAGAACAGCGCCCUGGGCAGGAGGCUGACGAGGUGGGAGUUUGUAAACCUGAUGGACUGCAUGAACUCGAUCCUCUCGUACAUCCCGCAGGAGGAAAGGUACACUCUAUACAGUGACACGGACGACCUGCUGGAGUUGACGAAGUACGUGUUGAGCGCACUGGAGCACGUGAUGUUAGAACCGGACCCCGUUAAGCAAACGCCAAACACACAGAACCCGGUUACGGGGCUGGCCGCGAUGGUUCCGAAAAUCAAUUACGCCACGGAAUAUUACAUGGUUCUGGAUAGAGCGUUCGGGUUCCUCCUUAUCGUCUCGAGAGGUCCCAUGGGCCUGCUAAACAUUUCAAAGGCGACGCAGUACGUGUAUGAGCAGAUACUGCUGCACGGAAGCCCAGUCGCGUACAAACUGGUGAGGUCCUCGAAUGUCAUUAACUCACUCAACGCACUGCGCCUGGUUUGCAACGUGUUCAAGAGGGACUUUUUGCUGAGCACGCUGCACAACCUGCCGUGCUACGACCUGAAAACAAGACCUGUGUGCGAUCGGUGCCACGCAGCUAAGCAAGACGUUGAUGAGAAGGAGACAGGGCCGACCAGAACGCCAGGAUCAUUCUCGUGGUUCCUGAGCAAGAUACCGAUCUUCUCGUCAAACAGGUCAGGGGGGUACAUUAGGAGGAAGAUGGUGUUGGAUCAGAGCGGACGCACAGACCAGAAGAGGCUUGAAAGUGGCUGCGAAGUCUGCCACAACGUGGAUUUUAACCAGAAGCCGCUCCUCAUCUCGACCGCACACGACGCAUUCAAGGACGCGCUGCUGACGUACUCAAACGAGGUGAGCUGCGACGUGAUAGGGAACGUAUACGCCAAGGACACGGAGGUUAAAACAAUAACGCUCUUCCUAAUGGCGCAGUUCGCAGAAAGGAACUCGUCGCUGAGAUUGUCCAGAAGGACCCUCGAGCAGAUAAAGCAAUAUUUGUACAGUGUGACCGUGGAUAGGGACGGGGAUUCAACGGACUCGACUGAUAUUAGCACAGCGAAGGGUCUGCUGGGGAACAAGGGCCCCAACGACUCCAUAAGGGACGCGUACAUGGAGUGGAAUGACCUGAUGCUGCAGAAUAAACUGAAGUUUUUGUCGUACGCACGCCAAGACAAGGCGUCGUCACUGUCGAACCUGAGGGACAUGCCGACCUGCACCUUCAAAACAAUGGUCGCAUACCUCUCCUCGGCUGACGAGGAAAUGACGCUAAAAAUAGUAGAUGAUAAUCUGUUCAUGUCAAUCGUUAACUACGUCAGAGAUACCUGGAGAAGGGAGAGUUGGACCGACGUGUAUAUGAUGGAGACUUUGACGAAGUUGAUCAGGGACGAAAGGUACGCGAAGCUGUUGAUGCUCGUUUGGCCCACAUUAUUCAACGAUAUGGAUGGCUACAAGGUGGAUUUUAAAGCCCACAACGCACUGAAAUUCUCGAAGCUAACAUACAUGUUUGAAAUAGUGGCGCGCUACUCAUCUGUAUUCCCGUAUUUUUACGAGAGGGAGAAGGAAGCACACACAAACAGGGAGAUGAAGGAUGUGAGCAUGCAGAAUAAACUUAGUCUCGGGGGCCACCCAGAAUACGACGAGUACAAGAACCUGCUGAAUCUUAGCAUGGAGGUGCUCGCAGAAGAGACGGGAGCGUCCUUCAUGGACUACCCCGAGCUCACGAGCGACGUCAUCCACAGUUUCUGCAGCAACGAGAGGGAGCUGUACACCUCACUCUUGAAAGCCGCAAACAGGCUCGGCUUCGACCUCAUGAACAAGCUGUGGAACUUCAACUCGUACUCACUGAACAAACACGACAUGCUGACCAAGCUGAUACUCCCGAACCCCGAGGCGCAAAACAGAGAAGAAAGGACGCUGAGUACGAACUUAGGGAAUGAGCACUCGAGGGAGGGAGAAGCAGGCGGGUAUUCGUUUUCGGUGCACAUGUACAACGGCACCUUGGUCUCCUUCGCGGCCAUGUUUAGAAGGAUGAUUAAAAUCUACGAAAGCUACAACCCGUAUAAGCUCCAUAGAAUUUUCGACAUCGACCCUGGGAACGUGGCCGACGAGCUCAAGCUGAUAUUGCAGCUGACCAUCAUCAAGAGGCUGUACACACACAGGAGCUUCGACGAGCUGGUAAACAUACUCGUGAAGCUGGGGCGCACGCUUUUGCACCUGGACAGAAACAACGACGCCCUGAGGACGAAGCUAUACCACGUGAUCAACCACCUGAUCGAAGUCGCCUCAGCCAAGGAGUUGGAGGAUUCAGUGGAGCCGCUGGGGGGGAGCAGGGGAGACCCGCUGAUCAACAAGAUACUGGUGUCGAGGCUGUCGGAGACGACCGCACAGAACACGAUCCUAGACGCGCUUUUCACAGACUCGGUCGAAAGCUACUCCACGUACGCAGAUGUCGACGUCCUGGGCCACAUAGUCAUCGAAAACUGCAUCCACGGCAAGGACGACGAGUGCGAUGGGGAGUUCGUGUCCGCGUCUGAGGCUAGGAGGGCGCGCAGGCUGCAGGACGUGCCGUACCACCGGAGGAGAGUCCUGGAGAGCCUGUACUUCGCCCUGGAGGGAAAGCAGCCGAGUUUGCGAAUGGAGGCGCUGAAGCUGCUGAGCUCGGUCCUGAAGGGCCUGUCGACGUACGAGGCCACGAAGAUUGAGCACGACACGGGAACGCUUCUUUACUCGUCUCUGGGGGCACUGAGCCUGCAAAAGGCAAAAAGGUUCGUCUCGAAGCUGCUGAUGCGCGACUACUCAGCGUGCAAAAGCUGCAUAGAGGCGGAGUCCGUGUGUGACCGCUGCAGCGAAACGCUGGUGGCGGCGCUGAACGUGCUCCAGGCGCUGACCAAGAUACACCAGUUCAGGUCGUUCUGGUUCGAGCUCAAGGCGACCGAGUCUGAAACGCUGGCGGACAUGAUUCUGAGGUGCACGUACCUGAACGCCUUCAACCCCAGGGCGCCCAUCCACGUGCUCCAGCCGACGAUGAAGGUGAUCGAGUACUUCGUGAACACGAACUCGAGCAGGAUCAGGAGCGCAGUGAUAACCUGGCUCAACAGCCACGCGGACGCGCUUCUCUCGCACGUGUGCGCCGAGGAGUUCGACUCUCUGACCACCAGCUACAUCUGCUCGCUGCUCAGGAUCUAUAAGACCUCAUUCGUCUCCCUGCUCAACUUCUACAGGGGCAUGAACACGUUCGAAAACAACUUCGCGAUGAUCCUGGCGGACCUGAACUGCAAGUUCCCGCUGGCCUCGACGCUGCAGGCGCUCGUGCCGAACCUCGUGAAGUUCUUCUCCGACAAUUUGGAGUCGGACGGGAGUUGGCUGGCGAUCCUGCUCUGCCUCCAGAGCCUCUUCCCGGUCCUGGGCGCCUUCGAGACCGAGGUGGACUUCGCGUCCCAGGCGCCCGUGAAGACGAAGGCGCUUGAGCUGAUCAACCUCGUCGUCGACGCCACGCUGCGGUGCUCCGACGGCCUCCUGGAGUACAUCCGCAGCUACUCGAGCUUCAACAUCAGCUCCAGCCUCCCCGAGGACCCCGGCGACGCCGACUACGAGCUCAAGUGCCUCAAGCACGACCGCACGAUAAGCAUGUUCGACGAAAUUCUGGAGCUCAGGGUCUCAACCACGGACUGCUGCCUGCUCCUGCUCAGGUACAUCUUGUCGCUGGUGCAGCUGCCGAACGGCGUGGCGACCAACGGCGCCCAGCAGGCGAUCCCUGGCCACUCGCUCCUCUUCAGAAUCCGGGAGUCCACCCGUCUGAGCGCCGUGAUAGAGACUCUUGCCAAGGUGUGUACCGCCAACGGCGCCACUCUGACCCCCCGGGGGCUGCAUACGAAGAAUUUUUCAGAGCGACUCUUCCCCGGGCUCCCUGAACCGAGCGUUUCGUCCCUCAGAAGGUCGGAUUACACUCGCCAGUCUCUCUUCUCCGAUCUUCUGUCGAGUCUUUUGAAUCUGGACUCCGCCCUGAAGUCUUACACAUGA